GAAGUGAACUCAACAAUUGGCACAACAAAAUCUACUCUGGCCUGGCCAGUUUCUGUUUCUUGUCGUCCAAUCUCGGAUUUUCCGUCUGUCUUGUCUGUGCUCCCUUGGGGUGUUGGCGCCAUGCGACCAUCCGGCUGUCCUGCUUCCCUGUUGCCAAGCCGUUGUCCGAGUCCUCCUGCCGGUGGCCAAUCAAUCAGGCUCGUUCUGCGUCGAGUACUCCCAGCCAUCAGCCACACUUCUCCUCCCUUCACGCCGAAAGUGGACGGACGGUUAAUUGAGCAUAUCCAUCCACCGGUUGACCAGACGACGACUUGUCACUUGAGUCGGACGAGCUGCAAAAAUGGGCAUUUGUCCUGCCUUCUGGCUUUCUUCAUUGCAAUUAUCCGACUUUGCAUACUUUUUUCCAUUUCAAUUCGCCACUUCUGUCUCCUGUACAUCCCACGACCGGUCUGA